AAUACAAUCAAACAAUGGCUAGUUUGGAGAGCGGCUGAGCGUAUGAACGAUAGUGUCCAUCGGAAGGUCUUUUCGGAUGACAGUUGGUGGUAGCGGCGGCAGCAGCAGCGACUCACCACCACCACCAUCAACAUGAGCAGCAACAACUCUAUUUAUGAUUACCAGCAGUAGCUGAAGGUUGAAGCAGAAUUUCUGGCAUUAGAGUGCAGGCCACUCACUUAAUACGCUCAGAUUUCAUUCGAUCCCCGUUGUGGCAACACGUUGGCAAUUCUACGUCGCGUGGUGAAAAGUGAAUAUUGAAAUUUUUGUAAAAAAAAUAUAUACAUAUUCUAACCAAUUGCCAGUCGUUGGUGGCCUUAGAAUUAUUUUACUUAAGCGGCGUGGUAAAAGUAACAACAGUGGUUUGCUUCCUUUAAAAAAAGUGUUAAAGAAGUUCCUUGAAAUUUGUAUUGAGGAUCAACACAAUCCAACAACUUCUUCGAGUAAUAAACGACAUUCAAUGGAAUUUUCGUGCGCUACAACGACGCUAUUUUUUUGGCGUGAGAGCGAAGUGUAUGGUAAAGAGGAAAACAAAAAAUAAAAAAUAUUAAAUAUAAAGAACAAGUGAAAUAAAAUGAAAAAACAUAUGCGUGUGUAGAGUAAAAAACGUAACAAAAUAAUAAGAGCAACGUAUAAAUUAAAGUGCAAGUGUAAAUAAAUAGUUGACAACUUAACAAAUAAGUUAAAAAAAAGAAAAACAUCAACAAUUUAUGGUAAUGACCACACAAAGCGCGCAGUCGUUGAUUUGUAGUUAAGCGAGAAAUUGCUUAUUUCUCUUUUUAUUUUCACAUACAUACUUAUGCAUGCAAAUAUGUAUAUGUACGUAUGUAUAAUACAUAUAUGAAAACGAAUUAAUGAAUGAAAACAAACGUGAACGCGCGUAUAAAUUUGUCUAUAAAGUGUGGAAAAAUGCAAAUAUUAUAAACGCGUGCGUAAAUGUGGCGUAGGUAUUAAAGGUAUUAACAAACUAAGACAAAAAAAGCAAAUAAAUUUUGCAUAAACUAUUUGUUUAUUUCAUGUAUCAAUAUUAUGUUAAAAAAAAUACAAUUUACACAUAAAGUUCAUUAAACGCCGCAUUUACACCGACUAACCUCUUAAUUUUCGCCUUCAACCCAAACUAAACGUCAAAGCAAAGCAAAAACUGCAUGAACAACAAAUACGCUGCACUAAUAGCGUGUGCAGUUGCAACAACAGCAUAAGGGUGUGUUCACACAAUAUUUUCCGUGUUAUCAUCGACAAAUGUAAAGUUACGUUGCAUAAUUUUAAAGAAAAAGAAAAUCAUUAAACUUUGCUUUAAAACAGUAAAGCAGUGAAAGAAAAACAAAACAAAACGACAACAGCACAAAAAUGGUUGUACCCACUAUGGAUGGUCUACCACGCGUACCAGACACACAUGGCGAUGUGGUCGAUGAGAAAUUAUUUUCAGAUUUAUAUGUACGCACCAGUUGGGUGGAUGCACAUGUCGCACUCGAUCAAAUCGAUAAGGGCAAAGCGCGAGGGAGUCGCACCGCCAUCUAUCUACGUUCAGUAUUCCAAUCCCAUCUCGAAUCACUGGGUAGUUCCGUGCAAAAACAUGCUGGUAAAAUGCUUUUCGUAGCCAUACUGGUAUUGAGCACGUUUUGUGUGGGCCUAAAGAGUGCACAAAUCCAUUCGAAAGUACAUCAACUGUGGAUACAAGAGGGAGGUCGCUUAGAAUCUGAACUCGCCUAUACGCAAAAAACGAUCGGUGAAGAUGAAUUCUCAACGCACCAGCUGGUCAUACAGACCGCGCAGGAUGCGAAUGCAUCUGUGCUGCAUCCGCAAGCGUUGCUGGCGCAUCUGGAGGUAUUGAAGAAAGCGACAGCGGUAAAGGUGCAUAUGUUUGAUACCGAAUGGGGUUUACGCGAUAUGUGCAAUUCACCGACAACGCCAAGUUUCGAGGGACACUAUUAUAUUGAACAAAUCUUCAAGCAUUUGAUACCGUGUUCGAUUAUAACGCCGCUGGACUGUUUCUGGGAGGGUAGUCAGCUGCUGGGACCGGAGUUUCCCGUGCAAAUACCUGGCAUCGAUAAACGCAUCAUGUGGAGCACAAUGAACCCGUCGAGUCUGGUACAAACGAUGAAACAGCAAAUGAGUGAUCAGAAAAUACCUUUUGAUUUUGACAUGGUCGAACAGUAUAUGAAACGUGCCGGCAUUACCGCUGGCUACACGGAGAAACCCUGUUUGGAUCCCAAAAGUGCCGAGUGUCCGGAUAGUGCGCCGAAUAAGGAUAGCCAACAGCCACCCGAUGUGGGUGCUAUACUCACAGGCGGUUGCUAUGGUUACGCCACCAAGUAUAUGCAUUGGCCGGAGGAACUCAUUGUCGGCGGUGUGCAACGCAAUCGCUCGAGUCAUCUGCGCAAAGCGAAAGGCCUGCAAACGGUAGUACAGUUGAUGACAGAGAAAGAAAUGUUUGAUUUGUGGAAUGAAAAUUAUAAAGUUCAUCAUAUUGGGUGGACGCAAGAGAAGGCAGCGGAAGUAUUGAAUGCGUGGCAGCGUAAUUUUUCCAAAGAAGUUGAAACGCUGUUGAAGAGCAAUCGGCGUAUCUCAAAUAAAUAUGACAUUUAUGUUUUCUCAUCGGCCACUCUGGACGAUAUAUUGGCUAAAUACUCCAACCCCAGCCCCAUUAGCAUUGUAAUUGGCGUUAUAGCUACCGUGUUCUAUGCCUUCUGCACACUCAUACGCUGGAAAGAUCCCGUUAAGGGACAGAGUAGUGUCGGUGUUGCUGGUGUGCUGCUUAUCGGCUUCUCCACCGCUGCUGGUUUGGGCCUCUGCGCGUUACUUGGCAUCGUUUUCAAUGCGGCGAGCACGCAGGUUGUACCCUUUUUAGCACUCGGGUUCGGCGUGGAUCAUAUUUUCAUGCUCACAGCUGCCUAUGCGGAGAGUAAUCGUAAGGAACAAACGAAGUAUAUAUUGAAGAAAGUCGGACCGAGUAUACUGUUUAGCGCAAGCGUCACAUCGGGUUCAUUCUUUGCGGCGGUCUUCAUACCGGUGCCCGCACUGAAGGUGUUCUGCCUGCAAGCCGCCAUUGUUAUGUGCUUUAAUUUGGCAGCAGCGCUGCUCGUUUUUCCUGCCAUGAUUUCAUUGGAUUUGCGUCGACGUACUGCCGGCCGCGCGGACAUCUUCUGUUGUUGUUUCCCCGUAUGGAAGGAGAAGCCGGUAGCUUUGGCGGAAAACAAUGCGCGUUACCACAACAAUCGCCGCAAUGCUUAUGCUGUAAAGAAUUGCAAUAAUCGUUCCAACUCCGUGUCGGCCCAGCAGCCACAAUUGAAGUAUCAGGAAGAGGCACUGCUUUCGUGUUCCGAGAAACGUAUGCCAUCUUUUUCACUGUCAAACUUUGCUGUAAAGUAUUACACACCAUUCUUGAUGAAAAGUUGGGUCAAGUUCGUUACGAUUAUCACUUUCAUUGGCACGCUCGUCUUCAGCUUAUACGCUACGACACGUCUACAAGAUGGCUUGGAUCUCAUCGAUUUGGUGCCGAAGGAUACGAAUGAAUUUAAAUUUCUUAAUGCGCAAGCUUCAAUGUUCGGCUUCUAUAGCAUGUACGCGGUGACGCAGGGUAACUUUGAAUACCCCACCAAUCAGCGGCUACUGCACGAGUAUCAUGAGGCUUUUGUACGUGUGCCGCAUGUAAUCAAAAACGAUAACGGUGGCCUACCCGACUUUUGGCUUUCGCUCUUCCGUGAUUGGUUAAUCAAUCUGCAACGCAUAUUUGAUCGGGAAUUGAGUGAGGGACGCCUAACGCCCGAAGGCUGGUUGCCAAAUGCAACAAGUGACGCGAUCUUGGCCUACAAAUUACUCGUGCAAACUGGUUAUGUCGACAAUCCUGUGGACAAAAGUGGUGUGACGCAAAAUCGGCUGGUGGACAGUGAGGGGAUUAUCAAUCCGAAGGCUUUCUACAAUUACUUGUCAGCUUGGGCUACCAAUGAUGUUUUCGCUUACGGCGCUUCACAGGGUAAAUUACAUCCCGAACCACGUCAGUAUUAUCACAUCGCCGGUGAAUACGAUCUCAAAAUACCGAAGAGUCUGCCAUUGGUGUAUGCCCAACUACCUUUUUAUCUGCAUGGUCUAAAUUGUACGUCGGAGAUUAAAGUACUUAUAGGGCACAUACGAGAUUUGAGUGUGAAAUUCGAAGCGCGUGGCCUACCAAACUAUCCCUCGGGCAUACCAUUCAUUUUCUGGGAACAAUAUAUGACUUUGCGCUACUCUCUCGCACUAAUUCUCUGCAUCUCACUCAUUGCCGCUUUCAUACUGGUCUCCAUAUUAUUGCUUUCGGUAUGGGCUGCAGGUUUGGUCGUCUUUAGUGUGAUCGCUUCGUUAAUACAAAUUUUCGGUGCCAUGACACUGCUGGGUAUAAAGUUAUCAGCCAUACCUGCUGUGAUACUGAUAUUAAGUGUGGGCAUGAUUGUCUGCUUAACGGUACACAUUUCAUUGGGCUUCAUCACGUCCGUGGGCAAUCGCGAACGUCGCAUACAUCUCUCAAUGCAAAUGUCACUCGGCCCACUUACACACGGCGUACUCACUUCCGCUCUGGCUGUUUUUAUGCUCUCCACCUCACCCUUUGAAUUUGUCAUACGGCAUUUCUUUUGGCUACUGCUUGUUGUACUAUGUGUCGGCGCUUGUAAUGGCCUAGUACUCUUUCCCAUCAUUUUAAGCAUGUGCGGUCCCGAGGCCGAAUUAGUGCCACUCGAACAUCCAGAUCGUAUUUCAACGCCAUCCCCUGUUAUGUCGCGCGGUAAACGUGCCAACAAAACGGUGGUGGUGCAUGGGGGUGGCCGUUCGUCACGUUCCUGCAGUAAGAGUAUGCAUCAUCACAAGGAUAUCAAUAUAAAUGAUCCCUCGUUAACGACGAUAACGGAGGAGCCGCCAUCUUGGAAGUCCUCCUCAUCCUCUAUACAAAUGAAUAACGAAUGGAAUGGCACAAAUAUGAAUUAUACGGCGAAUGGCGUGCCGCAACAGUUGAAUAACUAUAAUAUGAAUAAUUACUAUAUGCAGCGACAGCAACAACAAAAUUAUGCACAUCAUCCCAUGCAUCAUCAGUCACCAAUGCAUCAGCAACCACCAGCGACACAAACUAUUUACGGCGCACCGACGACAUUUCACAAACAACAAUAUACGUCAACGCCACCGCCGCCGCCGUCGACACAGCAACAGCAACAGCCACAGCCGCAACAUCAACAACAACCAGCACAACAAGAUGCAUCACAACAACAACAACAACAACAAGGUUCAUCAACACAAUCAACGUCCGCACACAGCACGCAUACGCUUGGUGGGCAGCAACGCGACACGGGUAACUUUCCCGAGUUGCAGAGUAUCGUGGUACAACCGGAAGUCACUGUGGAAACGCACCACUCGGACACGAACACAACGAAAGUAACAGCGACAGCGAAUAUCAAAGUCGAAUUGGUUACGCCGGGUCGCGCGGUGCGUAGCUACAAUUUCAGCAGCUAGCGGUCGCGUUGCGCCCCAAACGAAUAUUAUUGUGAGUUUUGAGUGAGCGUGCAGCAUGUGUAUUGUAUUUAUUUGUAUUAGUUAAGUAGUACCAGUGGUAGUAGUGUUUGGAUUUUCAAAGCGGUGUAACUUAAAAUGGCAUUUUUUAACAAAACUUUUUUACUUUGUCACUUUCUGUGCAUUGCAAGUCACGCACGAAUUAUUUCAAAUGCCAACUGCCUUGCAUGGGUAACGGAAAGUGACAUUACUCGUUGAAAUGUCGACAGGGUGUUGCCAGUGCAUUGGAAUUGCAAAUGUGUUUAGAAUUGAAACAAUUCUUGAUUUAGCUGAUGGGGGGGAGUGCUUUCUUUAAUUGGAAUAUUUGUGCAGUAAAAAACAGAAAAAAAGUUUCCGACCGUUUCAAAAAUUUAAAAACAUUAAAAUCUUGUAAAAAAAAU